GUUCGUCUCCAAUAACAACCAACAACUUAACAUGUGCUCACAUUUGGGAAACUCAAUCAAUUUUUUUUCGUUUUUUGAUCUCCUUAUUUUUAAUUAUCAAUUUAUUUCUUCAAUAGUUAAUCAACUAACUUUUGUUAACUUUAAUUUAUGAUUAAUUUGAAAUCGUUUUUAUCAUGAGUUUUCAAAAAGGAAGAGGAAAACCUAAGGGUCAAGUUCGUAAGCCUAAUGAUGUUUUCCUUGGAUUGACUAAAGAACAAGAGAUUGAAAAUAUUCGAGCUCAUUAUGAUUUAUUGCUACCAGAAUCCGGUGGUUAUAUUGAACCAGACGAGUAUGAGAAAACUUAUCAAAUCUCUCAGAAAGAAAUUGCUUCCUCUGUUGAUAUUACAAGUGCGACAAAAUAUUUUGACCUUAAGCUAAAUUAUGGACCAUAUUGUGUCAACUAUUACAGAAAUGGUCGACAAAUGUUGAUUGGUGGUAAUAGAGGUCAUGUCGCUUCAAUGGACUGGAUUACCAAAAAGCUUAUCUGUGAAUUUAAUGUGAUGGAAACAAUUUCUGAUAUCAAAUGGCUUCACAUGCCUCUACUUUUUGCUGUCGCUCAGAGAGAUUGGGUUUAUAUUUAUGAUAACAAAGGUGUUGAGAUGCAUUGCCUGAAGAGACUCUAUAAGAUCAAAAAGAUGGAAUAUCUUCCUUAUCAUUUUCUUCUGGCCACUGCAUCGGAAAAUGGACAUUUAACCUGGACUGACACUUCUACUGGAACUAUGAUCUCACAAUUUAGACCAAAGAAAGUCAGGAGAAUCAUGUGUAUGACCAGUAAUCCGAGUAAUGGUGUCAUUCUUACUGGACACUCCAAUGGUACGGUCAAUAUGUGGACUCCUAACAGCAAUGAUCCUGCCAUUUCAAUGCUUUGUCACAAUGGGGCCAUGCGAGAUGUUGGUGUCACUCUUGCUGGAAAUCGUAUGGCAACAAUUGGUUCAGACAAAAAUUUUAAAUUAUGGGACAUUCGCAUGUUGAAACCCAUGAAAUCUUACAGAUUGAAAGCGGUUGGUGAAUGUCUUGAUAUCAGUCAAAGAGAUAUGAUCGCCAUUGGAACUGGAAACAUUGUUCAAGUUUUCAAAAAUUGUUGGAUACCGGAUGUUACUGAUCCUUACAUUCAACAUAAAUGUCCUGGAUUCGUAAAGAAUGUUCAAUUCUGUGCUUUUGAAGAUGUUCUGGGUAUUGGCCAUGAAAAUGGAUUCACGAGUGUUUUAGUUCCAGGAGCGGGUGAACCUAAUUUCGAUUCAUUUGAAGCUAAUCCAUUUAUGACUACAUCUCAACGAAAAGAGAUGGAGAUUAAAAUGUUACUUGACAAAAUUCCCCCUGAACUGAUCAACAUCGAUCCAGAUAUUCUGGGAAAGGUCAAUGUUCAAGAAUUACGAGCAUCACUGGAGGCAAAGAAGAAAUUGAAAUAUGUUAAGGUCCCGAAAAUUGUAUUGAACGAAAAGAAAACAAUGAGCUCGGUCGAUAAAUUCAAGUUAAAGAAACGAUUAAACGAUGAUGCUCGUCGAAAACAAGUGAGAGCGAUAAUUGAUGAGAAGGUUAAGGACAAAAGGAAGAUGAAAGAAGAUACUAAGACAAUUAAAAGAAAACCAAUUAAAGGAAAACCAAUUAAAGGAAAACCAGUUAGAGGAAAAACAUUCAAAUCCAAAGGAAAUCGAGCUGUUUCCCGAUUCCUAGUGAAAAAAGGCCUAAAGCGAGGAAGAAAAUCCAAUAAAUCGAACUUCUCGAAAAUUUUGGACAGAUUCAAAUCGAAGGGCAAAAAAUAAUAGAAAACGAAUCAAACUUUAAAAAAUUAUCUUUUUGACAAUCAAAUUGGUUCUGUAAAAUUGUUUAUAAUGUAAAUAAUCAUGGGGAAGAUGCAAAACGAUUUGCAUUAAUUUCAUUAUUAAUUAUAAAACAAAACAAAACAUCUAAUCAUUUA